GGGCGCCUUCCUUCCCCAUGGCGGGACACCUGGCUUCGGAUUUCGCCUUCUCGUCCCCUCCAGGCGGUGGAGGUGGUGGGCCAGGGGGGCCGGAGCCGGGCUGGGUUGAUCCUCGGAACUGGCUAAGCUUCCAAGGCCCUCCUGGAGGGCCAGGAAUCGGGCCGGGGGUUGGGCCAGGCUCUGAGGUGUGGGGGAUUCCCCCAUGCCCCCCGCCGUAUGAGUUCUGUGGGGGGAUUGCGUACUGUGUGCCUCAGGUUGGAGUGGGGCUGGUGCCCCAAGGCGGCCUGGAGACCUCUCAGCCUAAGGGCGAAGCAGGAGUCGGGGUGGAGAGCAACUCCGAUGGGGCCUCCCCGGAGCCCUGCACCGUCCCCCCUGGUGCCGUGAAGCUGGAGAAAGAGAAGCUAGAGCAAAACCCGUAGGAGUCCCAGGACAUCAAAGCUCUGCAGAAAGAACUCGAGCAAUUUGCCAAGCUCCUGAAGCAGAAGAGGAUCACCCUGGGAUAUACACAGGCCGAUGUGGGGCUCACCCUGGGGGUUCUAUUUGGGAAGGUGUUCAGCCAAACGACCAUCUGCCGCGUUGAGGCUCUGCAGCUUAGCUUCAAGAACACGUGUGAGCUGCGGCCCUUGCUGCAGAAGUGAGUGGAGGAAGCUGACAACAAUGAAAAUCUUCAGGAGAUAUGCAAAGCAGAAACCCUCGUGCAAGCCCGAAAGAGAAAGCGAACCAGUAUCGAGAACCGAGUGAGAGGCAACCUGGAGAAUUUGUUCCUGCCGUGCCCGAAACCCACACUGCAGCAGAUCAGCCACAUCGCCCAGCAGCUUGGGCUGGAGAAGGAUGUGGUCCGAGUGUGGUUCUGUAACCGGCGCCAGAAGGGCAAGCGAUCAAGCAGUGGCUAUGCACAACGAGAGGAUUUUGAGGCUGCUGGGUCUCCUUUCUCAGGGGGACCAGUGUCCUUUCCUCUGGCCCCAGGGCCUCAUUUUGGUACCCCAGACUAUGGGAGCCCUCACCUCACUGCACUGUACUCCUCGGUCCCUUUCUCUGAGGGGGAAGCCUUUCCCCCUGUCUCCGUCACCACUCUGGGCUCUCCCAUGCAUUCAAACUGAGGUGCCUGCCCUUCUAGGAAUGGGGGACGGGGGAGGGGAGGAGCUAGGGAAAGAGAACCUGGAGUUUGUGCCAGGGCUUUUGGGAUUAAGUUCUUCAUUCACUAAGAAAGGAAUUGGGAACACAAAGGGUGGGGGCAGGGGAGUAAGGAAUUGGGAACACAAAGGGUGGGGGCAGGGGAGUUUGGGGCAACUGGUUGGAGGGAAUGUGAAGUUCAAUGAUGCUCUUGAUUUUAAUCCCACAUCAUGUAUCACUUUUUUCUUAAAUAAAGAAUCCUGGGACACAGUAGAUAGACAAAAAAAAAAAAAAAGAAAAACCAAAUGGAAAUUUUAUAAUUGAAAAAUAUAAUAUCCAAAAUAAAAAGCUCAGUGGAUGGACUCAAUAGCAGAAUGAAGGGGAUAGAGAGAUUAGUGAAUUGGAAGACAAAACAACAGAAAAUGUCAACUGAACAACAGAAACAAACUAGACAGAAAAGGCUGGGCACAGUGGCUCACGCCUGUAAUCCCAGCACUUUCGGAGGCUGAGGCGGGCAGAUCACCUGUGGUCGGGAGUUCUAGACCAGCCUGGCCAACAUGGCGAAACCCUGUCUCUACUAAAAAUACCAAAAAAAGGCUGGGCGUGGUGGCUCACACCUGUAAUCCCUGCACUUUGGGAGGCCGAGGCGGACGGAUCACCUGAGAUGAGAAGUUUGAAACCAGCCUGACCAACAUGGUGAAACCCCAUAUCUACUAAAAAUACAAAAAUUAGCUGGGCAUGGUGGCGCACACCUGUAAUCCCAGCUACUCAGGAGGCUGAGGCAAGAGAAUUGCUUGAACCCAGGAGGCAGAGGUUGCAGUGAGCCGAGAUCGCACCGCUGCACUCCAGCCUGGGCAACAGAGCGAGACUUCGUCUGAAAAAAAAAAAAAAAAAAAAA